AUGUCGCAUGAAAUCUUGCAGGUGACGCCUAAUGCGCAUUUCCAGAAGGACCUCGGGCUGGACAGCCUGGACACCGUCGAGAUCGUCAUGGCCUUUGAGGAAGAAUUUAGCUUUGAGAUCCCCGACAAUGAGGCAGAGAAGAUCGAUUCCAUCAAGUCGGCAGUUGACUUCAUCGCCUCGCAUCCUCAAGCAAAGUAA